AUGGAUCAAGGCAACUGGCCUCAAGGCGCCAAAGCAGCCGUAGCGCUCACUCUCGACAAUUGCGGCGAAGCAGCCGACCUCAACCGCGGAUUAUGGCCUAAAGACAAGCCCGUUGGAUCUCACUACUCGAUUACAGAAGCUCUGCCACAGAUCUUGGCUUUAUUGAAAAAGUACAAUAUCUGCGUGACCUACUUCAUCGAAGCCUGGAGUCUCGCUCACUACGGAGGAGUGAUCGCGAAUGACGUUGCCGGCAACAGUCAUGAAGUCGCUUGGCACGCGUGGCAACACGAAGCGUGGAGCAAGCUGAGUGCAGAAGAAGAACGUGAGAACUUCGAGCGAAGCUUUGGAGAUCAUGGUAUCGGUGGCUUCCUCUCUACAGGGCCUUGUAAAGGCACGGUCCAGCCUUACCGAGGCUUUCGACCCCCAGGCGGCAUCAUCCAUGGCAACAGAACGCUUGCAUUGUGUCGAGACUAUGGACUUGGAUAUAUCAGUCCUGCAGCUGAGCACGCAGCUCUGGUGGACGUAGAGCGUGACGGCACCACAGACUCGGUGGUAAUCUUGCCCUUCCGAUGGAAAUGCGUGGACGCAUAUUACUACAUGGAGAGCUUUGCAGGCCUCAGAAAGCUGAAAGGCGCCUCUUCAGAAGAUCCGCUCAACGAAAAUGUACUUGUCGAAAGCUAUAUCGCUGCCAUCGACGAGGCUAUCCGGAAAGGCGAUUUCCUGUCGUUGCUGUUCCACCCGUUCCUUUCGAACAGUGAGCCGCGUCUACACGCGAUUGAACAAGUUCUGCAGCAUCUCGCUCGUAGAAGAGAUGAAGGUCAGAUUUGGCUUGCGACUUGCAGAGAGAUUGAAAACUAUGUGAGGAAGAACCCGUCUGUCGUGGCUCGAGAUCCGGAAUGGGAUUUGGCGUCGUGGCGAUGA